CGAAACCUCAGAGGUGGGACAGCCAAGCAGUAGUGAGACCUAUCGUGGGUUGUUAGGACAUAUUAUAGCACAUCCGCGAUCAGCUAGUGUUUACAGGGAGUUAAUAGUCAGUUAUACACUGCCUGGUACUUGGAUGAUCAGCGGCGAGCUUCAUGCGAGGACAGGACAUCGUAUAUAGGCCAUGGAUACCCUUGCAACUUAGUGUCAUGGGUGAAUGGAGAAGAUUGAAAGAUGAAUAACGCAAGUCGAUCUUAAUGAGAACGUGCACCCUGGGCUUGUUACUUUUGCACCGACAAGUGAGCCUCCAUUGAGACUGUAUCAUUGCCACAAAGGAGAAAUGGCUAUUGGGUACAUCGGGUGAUGUUUACCAACGUCACACUUCAUUUGUGCUAUAGUAACAGCGUCUCUUCAACUGUGGAUAUCUCCUACAGUUAUAGCCUCACCUUUGUAUAAUUCUCGCCUACACCUUCAGGACUGGUUAGUACACUGAAUCAUUGACAUCUGUGAAGUUUAUCGUUAAUACAUUGGAUGUCUGCCUGACAGAUUUCUGCUUCGGUGAAGUUCUUGUAACAACAUCCUAUUACUACUGAUGCCAAUUACCUUUGCGUCUGCUCCAGUUAACGGCUGCUCCAGUUGACGUCUGCUACAGUUGACGUCUGCUACUUACCACUUCAACAAAUUACAGCAGCCAGCUUCGACAGAUACAUUGAUUUACCGUUGUUUAUUGGAUUUGGGGAUGAAGUGGACCUCAAUUGGAUCGAUUUAGUCAACCUUGUUCCAAACUCAACAAACAGACUACCACCUCCCUUAAAGCAUUCUACACAGUUUGUGUCAAUAAAUAAUGAAUAGAAUACUUCUAUUUACAUGAGGAAAGUUUGAAUGUCAGCCUGUCUUGGUGGAUUUUCACCAACUCAUGUCUCAAUUCAUUUAGAUUGGCUACAUGGUUUGCUGAAAGGAACACCAAGUCAUCUACCCAAUGUAAUUCUCGUGUGGAACCUGUUGCUUGUCUCGACACUAUAAAAAACACUGUGUAAUCUGACGUCUGCUGCUGUUUGAAUUCCGUCUGCUAUCCUGUGGAGGGAAGUGUGACUUAAAGUUAUUUGAGGUGAGCCUGAUAAAGUAAUAUCAGCUUCAGCUGUCUGCUGCCUUGCUUACACCAUGCAAGGAUGGGACGAGUUCGUGUACUGAAGUCAUGAUAAUGGUUCAGAUCAAUAUUGAAGCCAACUGCGACUAAAACUAAAGUCAACAGGACUUACAUGAAUUGACAGAGAUAUUGAAUGUUCUUCCUACCAAGACUGACGUCUGCUUGGCUGACCCGAGCCCCCGAUAAAACCAUUACUAGCAAUCAAUAUACAUUGUUGGUCCAGUGAAGACAUUAUCAACAGCGACCUUAACUAUUAUGACUGGCAUGCCCUGAACUGACAUCAACUAUAAAGUUGUCUGCCCUGCUCCAAGUGUCGUCUGCUCCCCGUGUCGUCUGCUACAAGUGAUAGCCUUCUGCUACCUCCAUAACAGAAUGAAUGAAUACAGAAGAACUUGUAGAGAGUAAGAAGCCUACGAUCAGGUUGUUGUUUAUCUACAUGUGGUCUAUGCUCCCUGGCGUCUGCUCUGCCGCGUGGUCUGAAUGACACACAGUUGGAAAGUAUGCCAGUGUAAUAUGUGAGACAUAGGCUCACCUAAUGGCCAGCUUGACCCUCAGGGGGGCAUCGUGGCAACAGUGUUUACCUGUCGAGAUCGCUUUCAUACCUCCCUCUGAUAUUCUCUGAGUUAGUCAACGUGUGUCACUUGUAAAAAAGGAAACAACAUUUUUUGCCAGUUGCUCUGUGAGUCAGUUGGAUUUACAUUCUCAUCGGAGGAGCUGCAGGUUCAGGUUAAGCUUAUCAUGUGAGAGGUUAUAACGGGAGAGCAAAUUGUGAUAUAUACACUUCUACAUAUUCUGGACCUUGGAUAUUUGUCCUGCUUACAGUAUUUCUUAUGCAGUGGGAAACGGACCAGCUGAGAACAGUAACAAUCAGGACAUUCUGAAUGUGCUAUCAGUCGAAGGUCCACUAGAUAUCAUUUAUGGUGUUUAUGUUUAUGAAUUGAGAGUAUCAACUUCAUGUUAUUGGACAUAAAGAGGGAUUAUGUUACAAUCACAAGGUUAGUAUUUGUGUCCGUAACGGUUUGGGAUUGUUGUCAUGAACUUCAAAGUUGAGACUUUCUACAUUUUGUUCGCCGAAUAAUAUGCAGGUGUUUCAUCUGUGGGAACUGACAGAUGUUUUCAUUUCCAUUUUGCUGAAACUUUGCUACCCUCGAUGUAAUUCCCAUGCUUUUUGUCGCCACUGUACGCUACAUUCACCAUCCACCGACCAGACUUCUUUUGUUUUGAGUAGGGGCUGAAUCGUUGAUAAAUAUUUUGCACAGGUGGUUUUCACGGGAUUAUGGGAUUAUAGAAGGGAUGUUGCAGAUGCAGCAGUUUAGAAUGUUGACAGGGAGAGCUGACAGUCACGCCAGUGUGGAACAUGUUUACAUUUUACUUUGUCAGAAUCCACCUCAGCGUGAAAAUUGUCCUAACAUUUGAACAAGGGUAUUGCCAGACUGUUCAUUUGUAAAUCUGUGUACAGUUGAACAAUAUGGGGAACAAAAUUGGAUCGUCGGGGGAAAAAGACCUCGACUCUCCGGAGCCGAGGGGACGAAGUUGGUCGUUUCACGGGAUUGUGUCGCGCGCCCGAAAAGGAUCCAAGAGUCCACAUAGACAGAGAAGCUCUUCUCUUUCUGAUACGAGUAAGAGUAAAAAGGGUGGUGGGAAGACCAAUGAAAUGUCACCCACUUCCCAGCGGGAAAGUUUUAAACAGUCACGGAAUUCAGGUGAAAUACCUUCGUCCGCUAGAAGGGAACUUUUCAAACAGUCAAGGAAUUCUCGUGAAAUUGCCCAGUCAGCUCAGCGUGAACUAUUAAAACAGUUAGAACUUGCAGGUGACAAGAAUGCACCAGUAGGAUCGUUGAGAAAGGUAAGCCCUUUGCAGCAGCUUUCACAGGUAGCCGAGGCCGGAUCGCAUACCAAGCACUCGGUGGAGAGUGACAUGAAAACAGAGGAUGCAGGUAUUGUGACUAGCGGGCAUAAUGACAGGGGAGCUAAAGACCUCCCCCACACUACAGAUUCCGGGUACAGCACAGCAUGCAGGAAACUUGUCAGUCACGACUCUGGUGACACUGGUGAUACGUCUGCAGCUAAGUUCAGGGAGAUCUCGCACUCCCUCUACAAUGAUAAGUUGCUUGAACUGUGUAAACGGCGAGGCUUAGCUAGUAUGAACAGGGAUCUGUCCAUGUCGCAAAACAGCAUGCUCAUUACGAUGUCAAGUCCGAAUAUUAAGAAGGCCAAAUCACCUUCAGUUCAUAGCCUAACUUCACAUAAGUCUCAUUAUGUAAGCUCGGACGCAUUGUCCGAGUUGGAACGCUCCAUGGAUCAUGAUCAUGAUGAGUUUGAUGAAGAGUAUGAUAUUCGUCCGAGGACGUACUCUGCAACAAUUUUGGAAUUAAGCAGCAGGAAUAAAAGUCGUAUUGCCAUGGGUGCGACUAGUGCUAGGUUACGUCAUUUUCAAAGAGAGGCUUCAUUUGAUGGUGCGAUCUCUACUAGUCCACGUAAAGAGGAGAUAGCACAGGCACAGAGAAUACUUGUAGCUCGGGCAUUAAAAACUGCAAGUCCUGUGAAUGAAAAUUCUCCAAAUGACAAGAAUAUGUCACGAGAAAAUGAGCACUCAGGAAUUCAUGAAAGAAGUCGAAUAUAUGGGAGCCCAACUUCAGGAAUGAACAUGCCGCAUAAUUUCAGACAUAAAGGCAAUUUAAGUCCACUUCCAGAAAUCCACGAAAAUGGAACGUUAAGUUCAAGUGUACCAGUUCAAUUUGGGUUUCCUGGAAACGUUGGUCCCCCGACUUCCUAUUCCGCUACGACAGACGACAUGGAGUACAAUCGGGAACGGAGUAGCAGUCUUUCGGUGAUGUCCCCAAGAACACGCAGGAGCGUUCCAGCUAAGCUGAGUUCCUCCUCAAUGCAACAACUGGAGGAAGAGGGUAUGCGUGCAAGGAGCCAUAGUAUAUCGUCUUUGAGGGGCGGAAUACGACCUCAGAUUAUAAGUGGUGCUUUGUUUUCACAAAUUACUUCCCCUGAACGAGCGUGGAAUUACAGUGUGUCCUCAUUGGCGGAAUUACCUGUUACUGUUCAUUACGCAAGGAUGCCUCCUCCACAAGAUCUGGAUGCCAUCAAUACGAUGAAGAUGGAGCUUCACGGGGUGGAAGUGUGCCCGGCCUGUCGACUGCCGUUUGACACGGGCAAGAAGCGUAAACUGAUCGAUGCGUGUGGUCAUGAGCGCUGCUACACCUGCAUGUUCAACAGCGAAACCUGCCCCAUCUGUGCUGCCAAUGGAAUACCUCAACAGAACGGUGAUCGCAAUCACAACACAGUUCAAGACCCGGCUGCAUACUCUCCGUAUCGACCCAAGUUAAAAACUAACGGACAUUUUACCACUUUUAUGCAAACCCGCCAUGAUGGUCAUGUUCCCAUGGUUACGGAUAAUACUACACAAACUACGCCAAAGUCCGGUGCCCCUCCGAUAAAACAGAAAAGUUCUCCCAAACUGGCACAGCCUCCAGUGCCAGCCAAGCCUCGGCUGUUUAAGCCACUUGCAUCCCCAACGUCGCCCAUGUUGCCUCGUCCACCAAGGAAAUACCCCUCAUCUGAACAGAACUACAGCAGCGACUCUGCCUUGGGAUCACCGGACAUGAGCAGUGUCAGCGUUGCCGUGGCAACGGAUCUUGAUAACAUUGCGGACUAUGAUCACGAUGACACUUUGGUGGAAUUAAAUGGGGGAAAUGACAGUCCACCACCACCACCACCAGAUGUCGCUCAAAAUGAUCUCAUGAUGAGACUGGGUCUGUUGCUAGGUGACCGCAUCGGCAACAGCAGCGACAAGUUGUCACCAUCACCCAUGCAGCAGAUGGCCAAUCAGACGGAAGAAACAUUUACAAGUGUGUCGUCGCUGGGCAGCAGCGAGACGACUCCUGAGAAGGGGCUAUCCGACACCAGUCCGAUGUCCACAUUAACAGUGUCGUCAGGCAGCGAGCGGGGCAUGCCAGGGAUGCGGGCGACGUUCAACCCGCUGUUCCAGGGCAGCGGUAGUCGUGAUGUCAGCUCCGACAGCAUGACGUCACUAAUGAGCACAAGCACUGGUCACUCGGCCAGCCCACUGUCCACUACGCAGAGACCCCACUCUAUUACAACAUCAAUGCCUGGUGCUAUAGAAGAGUUGCCGUUGUUCGGCAAGCGCCGGUCUUCCCUGCGAAGGUCAGCACGGGCAACUGUGUCUCACACUGAUGGGAAAGGAGAUUUAGCCCUGGGCCAGCCUAUAUACCCUAAGCCAGUGAGGUUCACGCCGAUCCGACCCCCCCAGCUCCACCUGGCUUCCAUGCAGUUUGAGGUGCCCCACCCAGAGGGAACGGCCAUCUUCCUCGGGAGAGAGUGGCUCUUUAGGGAGAUUGAAAUGGUUCUCAAUGGUGAAGGUCCUACAAGGUCACAGGGGGUCACACUAACCGGUCAUAUCGGCAGCGGCAAGACAGCCAUCUUGGAACAACUAGUUAACUACAGCUGUUUCGGGGAUGGCAAGGGGGGAAUAAUCUCCAAUGGAGAUAUGCAGAAUGGCUUCGGUCACAGCCCGACAGUCACGCUCAGCAGCAUGACCAGCAGCGCCCGUGACAGCCCUCACUCCUACCUCAGUGUGUCUACGGCAAACCUCAACUACGACUCCCUCAAGAGUCUUGGAUCCCAAGUUGUUGCCUACCACUUCUGUCAGGCGGACAAUAAUGUGACCUGUAUGGUGCCUGACUUUGUACAUAGCCUGGCGUCGUAUCUCGCCCGAUCUCCGCAACUCACCACCUACCGGGAGAUGCUGCUGCAGGAACCUCACAUCCAACACUUGUUGAGUCUAAAGGAGUGCAUCCUUAACCCAUCUUUGUCUUUCGUGAAAGGAAUCUUGGAGCCGUUAAGGAUGUUGAAGAAUAAAGGCAAAAUUGACUCGGAUAGUUGUAUCAUAUUGGUGGACUCCUUAAACGAGGCAGAAUUCCACAAGCCUGACCAUGGCGACACCAUUGCUUCCUUCUUGUCUCGCCACAUCAACAAGUUCCCAUCAUGGCUGAAAGUGAUAGUGACAGUGCAAACCGUUCUUCAGGACAUUGUGCGGAGCUUGCCUUUUCACCGAGUGCAUAUAGACAAAAUAUCGGGCAAUGAUAUGGUGCUGAGAGAUCUCGGGGAAUACCUCAACUACAGAAUCAAUGCAAACUCCAGAAUACGGAAUAACAUUAGUUUGAACGGGAGAUUAGAUGCAUCAAUGCAACAGAAAUUCUGUGGUCAUAUACAGACACUCAGCAAAGGGUGUUUCCUCUACUGUAAACUCGUCCUUGACCUUAUUGAAAAAGGCCAUGUCGUGAUCAAAAGUUCCAAUUACAAAAUCUUGCCUGUGAAUGUAUCGGAAAUCUUUCUCUUGCAUUUCAAUCUCAAAUUUCCGAGUGUAAGAUCGUUUGAGAAGAUUUCCUCGGUUCUGGGAGUGUGUUUAGCAUCGUUGUACCCGCUCACGAUGGAGGAAAUAUACCUGACGGUCAACUCCGGAUACAUUCAGAGAUUCGUAGCGUGGCCUGAGUUCCAGUCCAGGAUGGAAGUUUUGUCAGGGUUCCUCCAUCGCCGUAGCGACAGUAGACUCAUGUUCUUCCAUCCCGCCUUCAGGGAGUGGCUUAUUAGAAGAGAUGACACUGACUCUCCAAAGUUUCUCUGCGAUCUUCGCAGUGCCGAGUUCGACUACAGGAAUGGACAUGCUCUGAUGGCUUUCCGGUUGUCACGUGUGUCAGCGCCCCUCGGACCUGACAAGACGAUAGAGCUUGGCCACCACAUUCUGAAGGCGCACAUCUACAAGAACGUCAGCAAGCAGCUUGGAUACUCCUCGCGGGACAUGCAGGCAUACUGGAUGUGCCUCAGUUCCGACAGUCUCAGCAGCGCUCUUGUGUCACAGAGGAACGUCUAUUCUCCUAAUGUCAAGGUGAGUCGUCUGAUCCUCCUGUCUGGCGCCAACCCCAACUGCCGCACAGAGUUCAACAACAACGCCCCCGUGCUGUGUGUGGCAAGCAAGGAGGGCUACUCCGACAUGACGUCACUACUCCUGGAGUUUGGGGCUGACAUCGAUGCUGUCUCCGAAGUGGGCAUGUCUGCGCUGUGCUAUGCUGCUGCUGCCGGGCACACUGACGUUGUACGCUUGCUGUGCUUGCAGAACUCUAGGCUGUCACUGAUAGACAACCAGGGUCAGUGUAGCGUGAUCCACGCGGCCAUCCACGGCCACCUGGACACCAUGGCCCACAUCCUGCAGUUCGACUGGCCCCUGUUCCACGGGGAGCCCACCAAGCCAGAGGCCAUGCAGCAAGCAUUUGUGAUGGCCGCGGCCACGGGACACAAACAUAUCUGUGAGUACCUGAUGCAUGCCAGCGGUGGAGCUGGUCUCAACAUGGUGGACACCCUGCUGGGGGAGACUGCUCUGACAGCAGCAUGUCUCCAUGGGAAGAAGGAGGUUGUGCAGUUCCUCCUGGAUGAAGAUGUGGCUGUGCACGUCCCCAACAGCAAGUCCUUCAGUCCCCUGCUGUGUGCUGUGAAGGCGGGAAAGUGGGAGAUCGCGGACACACUGCUGGCGGUCGGAGCACCCAUAGAUCAGACGGACAAGUAUGGCCGCACUCCCUUGAUGAUCGCCGCCAGCGAAGGACAUAUUGGAGUCUUGGAGAUGUUGCUGCUGAAGUGUGCCCAACUGGACCAGAUAGACAAGGAAGGCCUGACAGCUCUCUGCUGGGCUUGCCUUAAAGGUCAUCUUGCCAUCGUCCAGUCCCUGGUUGAUCGUGGCUCCGACAUCCAUCAUGUGGACAAGAGUGGCCGCAACCCACUUCACCUAGCUGCUUUCUACGGGGAUGCUCAAGUUGUGCAAUAUCUCAUUGACAAAGGUGCUCAUAUUGAGCAUGUUGAUCACAACGGCAUGCGGCCUUUGGACAGAGCCAUCGGCUGUCGCAACACCGCCGUCAUUGUCUGCUUCCUCAGGAAAGGUGCUAAACUAGGUCCCGAGACCUGGGCAAUGGCUUCUGGGAAGACCGAUGUGCUGCUGCUGCUCCUGAACAAACUGAUGGAAGAUGGGAACAUCCUCUACAAGAAAAAUCGAAUCAAGGAAGCUGCUCAGCGGUACCAGUACGCUCUGAAGAAAUUCCCUCGGGAGGGUCUCGGAGAAGAGGCUCGAACUUUCAAGGAUCUGAAACUGAACUUUCUCCUCAAUCUCUCACGCAGCAAGAGGAAGAUGAAUGACUUCACCUCAGCCAUUGAUCUUGCCACUAAAGCUCUGGAUCUGAAGUCCAAGUGUUUUGAGGCAUACUACGCACGGGCCAGGGCAAAGCGGGAUGAUCGGCAAUAUGCAUCUGCUCAGCAAGACUUGAUGGAAGCUCUGCGUCUGUCACCAAACAACCGGGAGCUGCGCCGUCUGCUGAUGAGGGUCAAGGAUGAAUGUAAGGAGCAGGCGAGGUUCGAUGGAGGCCAGCUCCCUGUGGGUGAGAUGGACCGAAUAUCGGAGGACGAGGACGACACAAUAUCUGUGACAGACAGACAGCCAGAGGAGACAGCUUUAUGAUAGAUGCUGAGGCAUCACAGCGGCAGAACUGUGAUGUAGACAAUGAGUCACAACAUUCAUGACAGAUAGAUGAUGACAUGUCAUUGUUGAAAUGUCGUGGUGAUGACAGAUAGACAGGAUGUCACAGGCGAUGACAUGUUGUUGUUGAAGUGUCGUGGUGACAGAUAGACAUGGAUGUGUCACAGGGGAUGACACAUUGUUGAAGUGUCGUGGUGACGGAUAGACAUGGAUGUGUCACUGGCGAUGACACAUUGUUGAAGUGUCGUGGUGACGGAUAGACAUGGAUGUGUCACUGGCGAUGACACAUUGUUGAAGUGUUGUGACGGAUAGACAUGGAUGUGUCACUGGCGAUGACACAUUGUUGAAGUGUCGUGGUGACAGAUAGACAUGGAUGUGUCACUGGCGAUGACACAUUGUUGAAGUGUCGUGGUGACGGAUAGACUCAGUUCAAAGUGUUCAUCCCCGUCAUGACACUGUCAUGAUUGGUAGACAUGACAGUGAGUGUCAUGGCAUAGUCACAGUGAUAAGAAUGGGAUGAAUGGAAGACACUGAUGCAUCACAUUCCUUGGAGGAAGAACUAGGUUCAGGAAUGUGAGGAAAGCGACUGGUACAAGACAUUUAUGUGCCAAGUGUCUGCAGGAUUAAACAAGAAUUUUCUGAUCUACAUUGGUGUUUCGCAAUAUCUUCUUGCCUGGAAGAGUUUAUAUUUAAAAAAAAAAAAUGAGUGGAUCAUUGUCAGUGAGUACAGACAAUCUCAAUAUCAUUUGUGACAAGUAUAGUGUGAACAGUUUGAUAAUUGGCUGUUUGAGCUGAAGACUGCAAAGGUGUCCUUUAUUGGAGCAGAAGGCCUUGAAAUGUGUGUGGUCCUCUAACUUCCUGUUCCUGUGUAGAUGAAAGAGAGGCUGCUAAGUGUCUCCUGACAACUGAUCACAGUGAGAUGUUUAACCAAAGAACACUGACAAGGAACUGUUAGUGUCAGAGAAUCUGAAUCAAACUGAAAGAGAAACAAGCUGAAAUAUACUGAUGAUUUAUCGGAUAUAAAUAGCAUGCAGACUUUGAACUAUGUGUUCAAUUUCAACUCUCAUCCUAGAGAAUCACGAGCUGCAAUCUCUGCCUAUCUAGAAGAUCAUACUUACUCAAAUGGCUCUAGGAGCAAGCUUUGUUUUUUAGACAUGUUUGAUGAAAUAUAAUUUUGUUCUGUUGUUUCAUUUCAUCAUUGUCCAAGAAAGCCUGAGACAAUUCAGUUGUUGUCAUGAAUUGAUGCGAUGAAUACAAGGAUUUGAUGUGUUCAAUUGAUGAGUGUUGAUGCUGCUGGGAAACAGUGGUUUUUGCAGCAGCAGAAUAGAGCAUGAGACUCAAUGUGCAAUCAGUGCAUGGAUGAUGUGCGACACUUAUUUUUGUACUGUUAUUUGAUGCCUGGAUCCGAGGGAGUGUGACCAGGAGAGCUGUGAGGUUUCUUCACAAAGUCACGUUCUGUGAGGCUUCUGCAAUAGUCAUGCUUUCCUUUGUAAGGGGGAGCAUCCUUCUCAAUACUGUAACUACAUGUACACAAGAAAUUAUUGAACAUCACCAACGUUUCAAAAUGUGGUUUGCUGAUAAUGGAUAUGUUAUCUAUUCAAGUCUGUUUUCCAUUGUAGCAGUUUGACAUAAUAUUUCUCUGUCUGUAUGGAUUCAUUAGCUUCUGUGUUUCAACACGCAUCCUCGUAUACUCAUCUCUGUUGAAGACAUGGGACUUUGUGGAUAGCAACUUGUUAUCUAUAAGUGUCAGUGUUCUUCCAGCUUUGAAAUGUCAAUCACAGACUUCAGCUCAGACGUUCAAAGAUGCUGCAUUUAUUGUUCCUGUAAACUCAUCACAAUCCCAUUCGUUAUAUGGACAGGUCUGGAAGGAAUCCAUAUUGGAAUAUACUGAGCAAAGAAAGUUUUGUUGUCAAGUCUGAGCAUGCAAUUUCAUAAAAAAUAUCCCCCAAAAUAUUCAUGAUCCCAACUUUUUUUGUUCAGUAUAGUUUUGGUCACAUGACUAUGACAUGACCGGACAGCCAUCAGUCGUGUCCUGAUGUGAAUGAUAAUGAUAUGUUCUAUUUGCUUAAAUUACAAAAUCAGCUUGCAAAUAAUUUCUGUUAUUGAUACAAUAAGAUGUUUUCAAAACUGUUAUGUUAUGCAAACUUUAUGCGGUUUGAUAUGGCUGCACACGUUACAGUGAAAUCAUUUAAUACCACUGCUCCGGUUCAACCCAAAGGAUUAUGCAUGAUGUGGGAACAUUGCAGUGGGCCCGAGUGUUAUACGGUCAUGUGUCAAGGGAGAUAACUCCACAUGGCAUAUCUAACUGACCACCAUAAUACCAUGUGAUUGUGUCCAGUCUUCCAUUCCAUCAACAGAAGAGACACAUGCCAUUGAGCACAUUGCAAAUUUGCUACUUACAGUCGACAGGAUUUUUCAAAAUCAAUUUUGUUGUAAAUAACCCAUGAAACAAACUUCACAGUUAAAUCUGAAAAAUAAUAAAUAUUGAAAUCAAUGAGUUUCCUCUCCAGCCAUUUAAAAAAAGAAUAAAUAUUGCGAAUUUUUUUAAAUUUUAUUUUUUCACAAUUAAAAUUCUGAAUUAUCUUGAAAUCAAUUUGCUUCUAGGCUGGGUUGCUUGAGAUUUAAAUUGAUGAUGUUAUUUGUGAAACUGUUCAUUCGUAUGGGAAUGAGAAAAGUGCUCUUUAUUUAAAUUUAUGGUGCUUUCAAACAAUGUGGGUUGUGCUUCUCUUCAUUUCACAAUCAGGAUACUGAGUGCUUUUCAAUAAUUUUGUAUCUCCAUUGUUAUGUGUAAAUACCAAGUCAGCAGUAACAGAGUGUUGAUAUAGAUAGUAUUUAAGUUGUUUAUUUAUGUGAAAUACAAUCGGUAUGUAAAGGUGUUGCUAUCAGUAUACCGAACUAACUAUGCAUUCGAUGGAGUGGAGACUCACGCCAGCCUGGGAUUGACAUGUAGAUAAUUAAUUAUAGAAAUUAUAAGUGAACAUGGUGAAGUGGUAUAUUCAAUCAAUCAAUCAUUUAUUAAUAUGUUUGAAAUAAUUUAACUUUUAUAGGAAACAAGUAAAUGAAAAAUUAAAGUUAUAUAUAUUGUUCUGUAAGGGUUGAAAUUACCAUUGUUUAACUUAUUCAAAUCAUACAACUUGUUUCUUUUGUGUGUAGAGUUGUGUCAAAAGUGAAAAAAGAUUCAAUUAAAAAAAUAAGUGAAGUUUAGUAUCCCCAAACUCCUGAUACAUUUAUUGCCAGUUUAAUUUUUUUUUUAAAUUAUAAAAAAUAUUCAGGAAGAUGUGAAGGAAUUUCCUAUUCAUCCUCGGCUGUGGCAGUGUUGUCCAAAACUCUGUGUAGUUGUAAGUUACUGAGAAUACUAAUUUGACUUUGAUGUAAUCAUGGUAACUGCCAUAUUUUGUACAGUGUACAGUCCUUUAUAAGGCUCAUGUACAGUUGUGUACAGCAACAUUACAGAACCUACUUGUACAUCUAGAUUAUUAUUUUUUCUUCCCUAAGGUUUGAUAUUCAAUCUGAUGUGCAAGACCUAUUGAGAAUAUUUUGUGGUCAUAGUUCCUGCUUGGUGCGUUGAUGCAAGUUCAUUACAGUGUUUGUGGUUAAUUGUUAUGUCAUACAAGAACAGAAAGUGAUAUGAUCCUCUGUGAGAUGAAUUAAGCUGUCUCUGAAGACGGAUGGUCAUGCUCGGAAGGAUGGAUGGAAAGAGGAGUCCUUGCAUGUCGGUGUGAGGAACAGAGGAACAGUUCUCUCAUUCUGUUCAAACUGGUUUGAAAUUGAAAUUCUGAAGUUCUGUAGUACAUUACUGUCUGGCAUAUUGGCAUAGUGAGCAUAUUCAUGCUAUGCUCAGUUCCCAAGGUCAUCCAAUGACCUGUAGUUUGAAUAUUUUGUAGACAUGUCCUCUUCUCCCGAGAUCCUCUGCCCCAGAGGUGGUGACCUUGUGUUAUGAGUCUCACGGAGCCUGUUAAGUUUCUAAUACUAAAUUAUUUGCAAUGUGUGUUAGUAUUGAAGGUGUAGUAUCAUGUACAGAAACAGAUCAGGGCUUUCAAUGUAGAUCUGACAGUGGUCUGUACACUAUCAUUCCUCGUUUCUGUAUCCUGCCAAACAUAAAUAAAUCAGUGCAAACAUA